CUCGCAACGACCUUCAGUUGCCUGAUACGAAGCGGCUGAGCUGGAAAGACCGUUCUUCGAAAAUGUUUACCUUUGAAAAAGUCUAUUUAGCAAAAAACUAUUGGCUGAAAUCGCGGGUGUCCGUUAACAGUAGUGUCGGUGAAUGUGUCCGAAUACGUGUGAAUAUUUAGUGCCCCUGAGACGAUAUGAAACACGAGGGAAUCAAAUCAAUCUUCAAAAUUAAACACAAGACUCCCUUAAGGGUCAAAACUCUGAAGGAAUACAACACGAGUAAGGAACUGGAGAAACUGAGCGGCGGCAAGUUCAACUCUAAGAACGGCAAUGCUGCACUGAACAUAUCUCGCCACUACGACAAUCUCCAACAAGCCGACAGUCAAAAGCAACCCUUAAAAGAUACCACCAACACUACCACCCCGCCCAAAGUGAAAGUGGAAGACAACAAUAAUCAGGAGCCUGAAUCAACUCAACAGGAUAACGAAACCAACAAUAGCAACCAGCAGCAACAGCAGCAAGGUAGCCGCUCUUUGCAGUGUUUGGAAACUUUGGCGCAAAAGGCUGGUAUUCAUGAUAUAACUCCUGACGAUUGCAAGUACGAUGUUGCCAAUACUUUACUGAAUUUGGAUAGAGGACACGAGUUUAUCAAACAGAGCGUGGACGCUUCAGGACAAAUUACAAUUACUAUGAGCGAUAUCAAUAAACAAAUGGAUGCAAACGCUCAAGCCCAGGCUCAAGCGCAGGCUCAAGCACAAGCGCAGGCUCAAGCACAAGCGCAGGCUCAAGCCCAAGCAGUUCAACAACAGCAGCAGCAGAUGCAGCAAGUAGCUCUUCAACAACAACAGGAACAGCAGCAACAGCAGCAAGCUUUGGUGCCUUCGCAAAGUCCGCAUUUACAACAAGUCACUGUUGGAGCUUCAGGCGGUCAAUGUGUGUCAACAUCGAUGGGUCCUCCUCAGCAUACCGUUUCCAUGCACCAACAAGUUGCCCAACAAGGUCAAGUCAUCCAGACCCAGGGAGGUCAAGUUCUGACAGCUGCUCAAACCGGCAGCACGACCAUAACAACAAUGUCACCUCUACAGCAAAGCCAGGCCGCCCAUCAACAGCAAAUCGGCACUGACUGGGGCCACGGUAGAGCUGUCCAGGUUAUACAGCAACCCAUCCAGAAUCCAACAUAUCUCCAGCAGUUAUAUAAUACUCAAGGACAAUUACUGAUGCCGGGAAAUAUCAGCAACAUAGCCCUUCAUCCUGGUAUCAAUCCAUCGCAAAUACAGGUCAUGGGAACUCAAAAAGUGCAAAUGCAAAAAGUUGCAAGUAGUCAGGGUCAAGUUGCUCAAACUCAACAAGGACAAUGUGUUCAAGUUUCCCAAGCGAUGAUCGGCACACAGCCGACCGCACAAAUUAUCAGUCCGUUACAACCAAAUGGUCAGGCAAUGCAAUUUGCCCCUUGGCAAUUUGCAGCUAACGGAUUGCAACACGUAUGGACGACAAACGGCCUCCAACCUCAAGCUUUACAGUUACAGAAUCCAAUAUUCAUAAGAGGCACACAAGCAGAUGGCACUCCAGGGAUGUUUCUUCAACAAAACCCCCAGGCUGCUACCAUACAGACUCAACAGAAUCAAACUAUCGCAACACAAGGAACGGUUCAACAAAUAACAAAACCAAGACCAACCAAUGAAAUUCAACCCAAACAACAAGCGACGCGACCCUUGAACAUACUGCCUUCCAAUGCUGCCAGUAUCCGACCUGCCAGUUCGGUUUCAACACAAACUAUUGGUGCUCAAACUCCCGCCUCAAUGGGAGGUAAACCAGGAGCGAAAAUUCGAACAAAAGCCCCCCAAGUGAGGACGUCACCCGCGCCAAAGGCAGAUGCAGCAAAUCAAACACAGAUCAAGCCAUAUUCCAAUUUGCAACAUCCCAUUGUCGGAAACAAAAUGGUGGUAAUGGCUCCGGGUUCGCCCAUGACAGCAGAAAAGGCCCAACAAAUAGCGAAUCAAAACAAAUCUCAGCAGCACGCUCAACAACAGCAGCAGCAGCAGCAGCAAGCCCAACAGCAGGCUGUUGUAAUGCAUCAACAGAUACAGCAGCAGCAAGCGAUGCAACAGUAUCAAAUUCAGCAAGGACAAGCACAGCAGCAGCAGCAGCAACAACAACAGCAGCAGCAGCAGCACAUACAACCUAAACCAAUGAUGAUUCAAACUCUGUCCCCUCUGAAUUCCCAACAACUACAAAUGGCAGGCGAUCGUCCCAUCAUGCCCGUGGUGUCAAUGUCAGCACAGGCAAAUGCUCAACAAGUCCAGCAGAUGCAACAGCAGAUACAAAACAGUCUUCCAUUGCAGUCUAAUCUGGCUGUUACACAACAACCAAUGCAAAUGAAUAUGCAACAGUUGCAACAGUUACAACAAAUGGCUCCACAUGGUACAAUAAUUGGUCAAAUCCAAACUUCGCAACCCCAAUCCACGGCUAUCUCGCAAGUUACAGCAAGCCCUACACAUCUUCAGCAAAUGCAAGCAGGAGUUCCUCAGCCCAUAGCAAUUACUCAACCCCAGCAAGUAACCCUGCCUCCCACGAUAAUGCCAGCUCACGACAUUAAAAGUGAAGCCAAUUCUACAGAUAAUGCUGGGCAGAAUACAAACAUAUCGACAGACUCCAAUAAAGACCCUGUGGUUGAUGCUACAUCAUCACAACCUGACCUGAAGGAAUCACCCCCCACAGUGGAAACCAAACCCCUUGUUAAUGGAGUUGAACCAAUGGUCGUCCAACCAGCUCCAAUACCUGGAACUGCUCCCUCUCAACCAUCCGGCGUUGGUUCUGAAAAUGGUUUACCAGUGGCUGCAACUGCAGAGGAAGUCAAAGAGAGAUGUCCUCCAAAGGCAAUGGUUAAACCUCAAGUUCUCACUCAUGUCAUUGAAGAUUUUGUCAUUCAAGAAUCUUCCGAACCGUUUCCGGUUACAAGGAGCAGUCUUCUUGGUGAUAUAAAACCUACCCAAUCUUCCAAUGAUAAAGAUGCUGAUGAGCCACCUCGGAAGAAACGUGCAUUAUCUCCAAGCUACGGUAUCGGUUUGGGUAAUAAGGAAGAAAUGGCUAAAUGUGAAGCAUGUGGUACAGUUGAUCUCAAAGUGAAAUUCAAGAAAAACAAGAGAUUUUGCUCACUCUCCUGCUCGAAGAGUGGCAAAUAUAAGUCGGAAGACAAGAAGAAAUGGAACAAAGAUGGAAUGGAGGUUGAUACCGAGUCUGGUGCGUCAGGAGCUGAAAGUAGUCUUAGUCCUAAGGCUGUGGAAGACGAUACACCUAAAGUUGAUCCUUUCAAGUGGAGCGUCCAAGAGGUAUUCAACUUCAUCAAGAAUCUUCCGGCGGGAUGUGCAGAGUACGCUGAAGAUUUCCUUAUACAAGAAAUUGACGGUCAGGCUCUCAUGUUACUCAAAGAGGAUCAUUUAAUGACUGCCAUGGCCAUGAAGCUAGGUCCCGCUUUGAAAAUACUGGCAAAAAUUGACGAUAUGAGAAUCGACAAAGAACUGCCGAAGCAAUCUUAGAGUAACUCGGCUUUGUUUGAAGUUCUGUAUAUAUUUUAUUUAUCUCACUUCUUUAAGACUGUUUCAGAAUACAAUUUGAUUUAGAAACUGGUGGUGACGUAUUUCAUUCAAGGAAAUUUGUUUAGUUUUGUACGUCCAUCUUGUAAAUUUGUAUAUUCCACAUUUUAUAUUAAAAUGGUUAUCCAGAAUAAUUGUACAGAGAAAAAUAUAUAGAUAUUAUAUUAGCAAAUAUCUUAGAUGUGAUCAAGGUAUUCGGCAUAACUUUGUAAAUUUCAUGUGCAGAAGUUGCAGCAUUUUUCAAUUACGUUAUUUAUUAUCCUUUUAUAAUUGUGCAAUUUUCGUUUAACAAAAUCAUUUGUAACUUUAUAAUUAUAGAUAAUAUCCGAUGAUAUUUGUUACUAUACUGCCAUUAAUGAUAAUAAAUUUGUAAUUUGUA